AUGAGCACCGACUCCGACGCUGCCUCGUCCAACCGUAACCUCGCCAUCAUCAUUGGUUGUGCAUUAGGCGGAGUAGCUGUCUGCGUCAUGGUCGGCCUAUCCUUGUUCUGUUGUAGGAGGAGGAGAGCCAAAGGCGCCAUUCUGGGCCCCAGAGCCGUCACUCCGCUGGACGACGCCGAAUUCGAGUCCUGGAGAAAGCCAAGCAAGCAGAUCCAAUGGCGCGAGAAGAGAUACGACCUCAUGCCCGAACCACCCGCCCCGGCCCUCACCCGCCUACCAAGUCGCACGCGCCGCAGCCGUCCGAACAGCCUGGAGAGCCCCAUCAACAGCCCGACCCUCAUGUACACCUACCGUCCCAAGCCGAGCCGGACCCCAGAACCCGGAGAACACCUCGACUUCCACGCCCGCAACAAAUCCUCUCUUUCCUCGCUGCAAGAGCGCCCGCCCACGCCGUAUUCUCCCACUUCGAGCAGCGACAUGAGCUACCCAUCAACAUUAACAAAGUCGGCGUCGCCCAUGUCGCCGCCACCGCCGUCGGUGACGCGCGCCUCCAAGGCCAUGUCGCCCAAGAGCACGCAUGUGCACUAUCCGUCCAUCUCCGAGGCUUCUGAUUUUGACUUUGGAUUCCACAUGGCUGCGUACAACAAGAUCUAG